GAAUGAGGCUCAGCGGUUUUCCCGGAAGCCGAAUACAUUCCAACCCCGCAUAUUCCUGGUUUCAUUUCAUGUUUGCUUUGUACACUUCACUUCUUACUGUGAACCUUUCUUCGUCGAACAAGUUUAUUCAACUGCAACCAUCUAAUGGCAAUGAACUAGCUGAUUCGUGAUCUCGUGGCAACUCCGCCGACUAACAGUGCCGGCGGUCUAUGUAUGAAACGAAUGAUCAUGCAAGAAAUGUGAGGGAUGACAGAAAUGUGCACACACAGGCGGGCUGUCCCCCCAGAUUAAAUCAUAAGUAUUAUUGGGGGGAUGAUGGAUGAAAAGGGAGAGAAGCAAGAUACACCAACAAAAAAAAAAAAAAAAAAAAAAAAAAAAAAAAAAAAAAAAAA